UAAUUGAAAUAAGAGAAAUAUUAGUUUUUAUUAGUUUGGUUAGAAAAUAUAAACACGGUGUACAUAUUGUAAUAUAAUAUUUUAAAAGUAUAAGUGAAUCCAAACAACUAUUUUCUUGAUGUUUUGAGGUAAGGUAUUACGUCAUAAUAAACGGGUAGCCCCGUACAUAUUCUAUUGAAAAAAAAAAUCCGUGGUUUUAUCCAUUAGACGAAUGACAACAAAUCGGACAUAAUAAGGGGCCAAUAAACUCUAGGCUUUCGAUAUCCGGUCGUUCAUUGUUCGACAGCAAUCCCGAACGACAUUUAAACAUUUAUGUAUUUACCCUCCUCAAAGGUUAAUUCGAUUCAAAAAAAUUGUCGUGUACUGUCGCUUCAGGCUUCCUCGCAAUUGUCGAGAGUUUGCUUAAUCAACGAGCUCGUCAAACACACGUUUGGACUUCUGCAACGCCAGCAGGAAUUGGUCGGGUUAUUUUUGCGAAAGCUUCCGAAGAUAAUGACGAAGGAAGGGGUGACAAUACCGCAGUAUUUUGCGGGAAAACACGUCUUUAUAACCGGAGGCACGGGGUUCAUGGGCAAAGUGCUCAUCGAAAAACUGCUCAGAAGUUGUCCAGACGUCUCGAAGGUUUACGUGCUCGUCAGGGAGAAGAAGGGCAAAAGUCCGGACGAGAGGGUCAGGGUCAUGACGGAUGUGGCUCUGUUUGAUCGACUGAAAAAGGAAAACCCCGAAAACUUAAAGAAAAUCGUGCCUAUAUACGGUAACGUGACGGAAUUGGGACUUGGUAUAAACUCCGAAUCGAAGAAGUUGCUCAUAGAAAACGUGAACAUAGUGUAUCACGCGGCUGCAUCGGUGAGGUUCGACGACUCUUUGAGAGACGCCAUAUUGAUGAACACAAGGGGUACUCGAGAAGUGGUCUAUUUGGCCUUAGAAAUGGAGCGUCUGGAGGUUUUGGCGCACUUCUCCACCACUUAUUGCAACACGGACAGAAAAGAGAUUGGAGAACAGAUGUACCCACCACACGCGGACUGGAGAGAGGCCAUCACUUUGGCGGAAAAUGGCGAUCCCCACGUGCUGGAUAUAUUGACACAAAAGUACAUGGGAGAGUUGCCCAACACUUAUACAUUCGCGAAGAGUUUGGCGGAGCACGUAGUGAACGAUCUCUGCUCGGGUCGGAUACCGAGCAUCAUUUUUAGACCUUCUAUCGUGAUAUCUACUGUAAAAGAACCUAUGCCGGGCUGGAUAGACAACUUCAACGGACCUGUGGGAAUACUUAUAGCUAGCGGAAAAGGAAUUUUGAGAUCGAUAUACACGAAUCCGAAUGUCACCGCUGAUUACGUCCCUGUCGACUUGGUUACCAAGGGAAUUAUCAUCGCGACCUGGUUGAAGGGCUUGGAAGCAAAAGAGGAAGAGAAGCUAACAUUGUCGGUUUACAAUGCCAGUAACAACAAUAUCAAUAAUGUGACCGUAGGAGGACUAGUCGAACUGGGUAGGAAAUUGUGCUGGGACUACCCGCUCAACGACAUUCUGUGGUACCCCAACGGUAGCGUGACCCAGUGCUACGUUUAUCAUUUUUUGAGAUUGAUUUUUUACCACAUCUUGCCGGCCAUAUUGAUCGACGGAAUAUUAAAAAUAACGGGACACCAGCCCAUGUUGCUGAGGAUCCAGCGAAAAAUCUACAUCGCCAACAUGGCACUCCAAUAUUUCAUCACCCAAGAUUGGAAGUUUAUCAAUGAAAAAACGUCCGAUCUGGAGAACAAACUGUUGCCCCCCGACAAAGAGAACUUCUAUUACGACAAGGACCGCGUGGUGCCAUACGAGUAUUUUACGAAAGCCCUUUAUGGAGCCAGGCAGUACCUCCUGAAGGAAGACAUUUCGACCUUUGAUAGAGCCAAAACGCAUUCGAAGCGAAUGUGGGUGUUGUCCAAAAUCUGCAACGGCCUCGCGUACGCUGGACUCUUUUAUUUGAUAUUCGUAAAAUAUGACAUUUUCGGACGCCUUUGCCGCUUGAUUGUAGCGUAUUUCGAUUCCUUGGGUUGAUUAAAU